CGGUAGGAAUCGGAGAAGUAACAACAUAGUCUUGCAUUGGCAGUUGGUGGCGUGUAUCGGUGCCACAACAGGGUAAGGUAAUCCAGCUAAUGAUUAUGUGUGGGCUCACCAGCCCUAAGCGAUAUUGUGUUUAAUUAGCGAGUAUCUGUGGUAAAAGAGAGAAAAUCACUUAAGGCUUAAUAAUGGUUAUGCAUACAUUGCGUAGGUUAGGCUGUUAAAUUUACGACUGUUGGCUGAGUAAUACCUGAUGUGAGGAACAGUUGUUGUUCAUAGGAGCCGCCAUGAGAGGUACCCAGCAAAUUUCAGACCCGCGCUUUAUAAAGUUGGUUAUCUGGGGCGCGAAGGGUGUUGGAAAAUCAGCUCUCAUCGUGAGAUUUCUAACACGCCGUUUUAUAGGGGAGUACCUAUCCGGGAGAGAGAUAACCUACCAACACGAGGUGAAUUUAUCUGGAGAGUGGAUUACGGCUGAGAUCUGCGACGCUCUACCAUGCACAAGCUUACACAAACACCUGUCCACAAUGACGUCACAUCCUGAUGCCUACGUCAUCGUUUACAGCGUCAGCGAGAGAGAAUCUUUCGAAUACGCGUGCUCACUCAUGCGAGACGUACGUCGCUGCUAUAACGAACUUCAAGAUGAAAAAGUUAUUCCUUUUGUUCUGGUUGGCAACAAAUCAGACCUUGAUCAUUUAAGAGAAGUCAGUUACGUCGAGGGUGCUGAAGCGUCUGAGACAGUCACUGCUUGUUCGUUUGCUGAAGCUUCUGCAGCUGAGUCAUUUCCGGAAACAGAGGAGCUGUUUAAAGGAGUCUUUCGGCUCGCAAAGACAAAUAAUAUUCUCACCGCAAGAGCGAAGGAAGGAAUUCGGUCAAGGCGUCCAAGUUUGAAAGAUGUAGCGCUUAUGAUAAAGGACCAUUGUAAGCGGCAGCAAUCAUCAACGGGUGAAGGGUGGGGUAAAAGGAAAGGAGAAGCGUUCUCGCCAAAACUGAGGAAACAGAGUUUAACCUCAAAGUGCAAAUCAGUUGGCGCGCUCAGCGAGUUAGGCUCUGAGGGAAAGGCCCAACAGAAUGAUAGAAAUCGAAACAGUCCAAUAAACAAGGGCCUCAGACACGUACAUUCGCUAACAGGGAAUGGCGGUUCCGUUAGCGCCGAUGAAGUCUCGUCCCCUGAGGACGAAUUUCAGUCGGUCGAUGGCAUCAGACGUCGGCCAACUUCGUUGCAAAAGUCCGGCCGUUUUAGUCGAAAAAACAGCCUCAAAUCACAAUCUUCUCCGACUUCUCGCGCGAGAAAGAAAUCAUUAAACAAAAAUAACCUCAGCGUUACUUUACAACCUGAAUGCGACAACAACAGCGAGAAGGAGCCGGCCCAUCGACCUCCGCAAUCUGCUCCUGUCCUCGUCUCCCCCUCUGGCAGCCGAUUUCGGUUCUUUCCUAACGUGAUCAGCGAAGAGCAGAUGUGGAAAGGCAACUCCCCGAUCUCUCCUCUUCUGAGUCGUGGGAAGACUCCCCACCAAACCCCAUCUCCAUCAUCAACCUCCCAGGCAAAGCAGAAGAGUCCGACGCAAAACAUCCUUCGGCACUUCUUUAAAUCCUCCCCUCCGAGGAACUCCGGGAGCACCUCCAGCCUCCAAUCCCUUCCAUCCAUAUCAGUAACAGAAGACAAUGAUGAAGACGCCGAUUCCAGCGACGACCAACCACCAAUAUAUUUCAGAGCAUCAAGCUCUUCUUUAUCUUCCAUCCCGAGCAACGAAGCGGAACCAGGCGUCACGUGGUCUGCUCCGACCUCCCCUAGAAUGGGCUCGUUCAAGGGAAAGUCCCGCCGUACGAGCUUCCGUGAAGUCGUGAGCGACAUUAUGAAAAAGCGAAAAUGAAGUUAAACUGUGUGUUUAUUAUUCAUUGGUUUUGUUAUUAAUGGUAUUUCACAAUCGCACGUUCCCUUGUUACCUUUUAAAAUUUAUUUAAUUUUUGUUAGUAUUUCUUCACUUUGCCGUAAAUAUAACUCAGUUUCGUUUGAAAUCGAGUUACAUUUUUGUUCAUACCAAUUUAGUAAAACGUUGCAGUUUUGUUUAAA